AUGAAGUUCUUUAUCGAUGAUCUUCCCGUGUUGUUCCCGUAUCCCCGGAUAUACCCGGAACAGUAUGCGUAUAUGUGUGAUAUCAAGAAGACUCUUGAUGUAGGAGGAAAUUGUAUCCUUGAAAUGCCUUCAGGAACUGGUAAGACUGUUUCGUUGUUGUCGCUAACAGUAGCCUAUCAGAUGCAUUACCCGGAGCACCGUAAGAUUGUAUAUUGUUCGCGUACAAUGUCUGAAAUCGAGAAAGCGCUAAUUGAGUUGCACAAGUUGAUGGAGUUCAGAUCGACAGAGUUGGGGUAUGUAGAAGAAUUCCGUGGAUUGGGACUUACCUCCAGAAAAAACUUAUGUGUCCAUCCCACAAUAUCCCAAGAAAGAAAGGGAAAUGUAGUUGAUGAAAAGUGUCGUAGAAUCACGAACGGCCAGUUGAAAGAGAGAAUCGCGAAAGGGCUUGUUACUCCAGAUCAGGAGGUUAACCAUGCUGAAGCCAACACCCUCUGUGAUAUGCACGAGAACAUGAACGACAUGGACCAGCACAAUUUGAUUCCCGCGGGCGUAUACUCAUUUGACGCGUUGAUCAAGUAUUGUAAGCAAGAAGGAACUUGUCCUUACUUCACAGUGAGAAGAAUGAUUCCCUUCUGUAAUAUCAUUAUUUACUCGUAUCACUACUUGUUGGAUCCCAAGAUCGCAGAAAGAGUCUCUAAGGAGCUUUCUAAAGACAGUAUCAUCAUCUUUGAUGAAGCGCACAACAUUGAUAACGUCUGUAUUGAGUCGUUGUCUCUAGACUUAACUGAUGAUACCUUGAAAAGAGCCACCAGAGGAGCCAACAAGUUGGGAGACGCUGUGGACGAAAUGAAAGCCCAUGAUAGUGAAAAGCUCCAGAACGAAUACGAGAAGUUGGUAGAGGGCUUGCGGCAGGCAGAAAUUGCGAGAGAUGAAGAGCUUUUCAUGAGCAACCCAACAUUGCCGCAGGAUUUGCUCGACGAAGCUAUCCCCGGAAACAUCCGCAAGGCUGAACAUUUCAUCUCGUUCUUGAAGCGGUUUAUAGAAUAUUUGAAAACGAGAAUGAAAGUGCUACACGUUAUUAGUGAAACUCCCAUUAGCUUCCUACAGCAUUUGAAAGAAUUAACGUUCAUAGAUAGGAAACCAUUGAGAUUCUGUUCUGAGCGGUUAUCACUUUUGGUGAGAACGUUGGAAUUGUCUGAAAUUGAAGAUUUCCAUGCCUUGAAGGAUAUCGCUACAUUUGCUACACUAGUUUCCACAUACGAUACUGGAUUCCAGCUUAUCUUGGAACCAUUUGAAUCAGAAGGGUCUACGGUGCCUAAUCCAAUAUUGCAUUUCAUCUGUUUGGAUGCAUCUAUUGCAAUCAAACCUGUGUUUGAGCGUUUCUCCUCAGUGAUCAUCACCUCAGGAACCAUUUCACCUUUGGACAUGUAUCCAAAGAUGAUGAACUUUCAGACUGUGAUACAGGAAUCUUAUACCAUGACAUUGGCUAGGAGAUCAUUCUUGCCCAUGAUCGUCACAAAGGGCUCGGAUCAAGUGUCCAUCUCAUCCAGAUUUGAAAUCCGUAACGAUCCAUCGGUGGUGAGAAAUUAUGGGUCACUUUUGAUUGAAUUCUCCAAGAUAACACCAGACGGAAUGGUGGUUUUCUUCCCCUCGUAUCUAUACAUGGAGUCUAUCAUUUCUAUGUGGCAGACUAUGGGUGUUUUAGAUGAGGUGUGGAAAUACAAGCUUAUACUCGUAGAAACUCCCGAUGCCCAAGAGACAUCGUUGGCCUUGGAAACUUAUAGAAAGGCCUGUUCUAAUGGUAGAGGUGCCGUCUUGCUUUCUGUUGCUCGUGGGAAGGUAUCUGAAGGGAUCGAUUUUGAUCACCAUUACGGAAGAACUGUACUAAUGAUUGGUAUUCCAUUCCAGUAUACAGAGUCCAGAAUCUUGAAAGCACGUUUAGAAUUCAUGAGAGACCACUUUCAGAUCAGAGAAAACGAUUUCUUAUCUUUCGAUGCCAUGAGACAUGCCGCGCAAUGUUUGGGAAGAGUCUUGAGAGGAAAAGAUGACUACGGUAUUAUGGUUCUUGCAGAUAGAAGAUUUUCCAAGAAGAAGAACCAAUUGCCUAAAUGGAUAGCCCAAGCCUUGAAUGACUCCGAUACCAAUUUGUCUACAGAUAUGGCGCUUGCCACUGCCAGGAAAUUUUUGCGGAGUCUUGCUCAGCCAGCAAAUCCUAAGGAUCAAGAAGGUGUUUCUGUGUGGAACAUCGAGCAAUUGCAACAGUUCCAGCAACAGCAGCAGAUGAGAAUGGAGGCAUUGGGAGUUGCGAAAGAAAAAGGAAACGGCGAUGCUGCCGAAGAGGAUUUCAUGGAUAUUGACGAUGACGACCUUGACUUGUUAUAG